AUGACCCCUCUCAGGACCGUCUUCAACAGCUCCGGCAUCGUCCAUCCUCCAGGCUUCUACAUCAUCGGCUUUGAGACUUUCCCCAACAUCCACAUCUACUUUAUCUUUCUGGCGUUUGUCUAUGCUGUUACUGUGUUUUUCAACAUUUUGGUGAUCUAUAUAAUUGCAGCGAAUCAUUGUUUACACACUCCCAAGUUUUUGGCUGUAGUGAACCUGGCAGUGAUCGAUCUGAUCCUGAACUCAUGCACGAUUCCCAGCAUGAUAAAGAUAUUCCUCCUGAAGGACAACUUCAUUCCUUUCAACCUGUGUCUCCUCCAGAUGAAUGUGUAUUACACUUUUGGCUCACUGGAGUCAUACGCACUUGCCAUACUUGCCUACGACAGACUCGUAGCGAUUUGCUUCCCUCUGCGCACGAACUCCAUCAACACGGCGCGGAGCAUGGCCUGCAUGGUCAGCAUCACCUGGGGCUGCACUCUGGCGAUAAACAUAUUCGCAACACAGAUCAUGACCCGGCUGUCUUUCUGCAGCUCCGUCAGGGUGUUCAGCUACUUCUGUGACUACGCGCCUGUGUUCAGACUUGCUUGUAAUGAUUACUCGUUGCAGCGGUUUGCAGCUUCUUUUUUCAGCCUCUUGAUCCUGGGGGGCCCGUUCACUUUCAUCCUCCUGUCUUAUCUCACCAUCCUGCUGACCGUGUUCAAGAUGAAGACUCUGGACAGUCGGGUGAAAGCUCUGUCCACUUGUGUUGAGCAUCUGAUUCUCGUGGCGAUUUUCUACAUCCCCCUGAUUGUCAUUUUCAGUGUUGGGUUUCUUGUGGGAGUUAUUAACCCGGACCAGCGGGUGCUGAGCCUGUCCCUGGCCUCCUGCGUCCCGCCCUGUGUGAAUCCUAUAGUCUACUCUUUAAAAACAAAGGAGAUUAAAAUCAGAGCACUGGCACUGGUCAGAAAAAAUAAAGUAACAAAUAAAAGAAAUUUAAAGUAA